GUUACGACAGGGACCCACUGACUGGAAGAGGAAGAGCUGCAGUCAGGGCAGGAGACGAGAGGGAGAGAAAGAGGUGAGGGACAGAGGGACACCGAGGGAGUGGAGAGGACAGAAGGUUAAAAAGGUACAGAGACGCUUCAGAGAUGGGUGAGUUAUAAUUAAGAGAGCCAGAAGAAAGGCAGGGAAAGGGAGAGAAGGAGAGCUAUAGGGAAGGGAAAGGAGCUCAGAGACUGAGUCAGCCUUAGGAAGGCAAACACCAGAAGACAACUUCAGGGAACACCCCAGUAUACAAAGAAGGACCUGUUUUGUCUGGAUCUUCACCAUGAGCACAAGAAAGGGCUGCCCUCUGCCACUGGGACAAGGAGACCGGGAGGAAAAGCAGAGUGAGGGUACUUCUGACCUGGAGCGACAGGAGUGUGAGGUGGAGCUGAGGAACAAAGCUAUUCUGCAGCAGAAGAGGCGCCUUAAACAGGCCACCCAGUUCGUGCACAAGGACUCUGCUGACCUGCUGCCCCUGGAUGGCUUGACAAGGCUUGGCACCUCCAAGGAUCUGCAGCCACAUAGUGUGGUCCAGCGGCGGCUCCUGGAAGGCAAUCUGAACAAGCUGCUGGGUGAGACCAGGGUUCAGUCUGCAUGGGUUCCAUCUCCACUGGCAAAAGACCAGGAGGAAAAGAUGGAAAAGAGAGAGGACAAGAGAAAAGAGACUUCGUCCCUGCUAAUACAGUGCCAGUGCCAAGGUCAGGUAUUGAAAGCGACUGUUAACACUGGGUGUCUACCAAAUUUCAUCUCCAAGAGCUGUUUAAACCAGCUGGGGCUGGAAGAAGUGUCUGCCAUGGACUGUGGAGACCUCUCUCUGCCCAUCCCCAGCGUUGUUGGCCGAGUAGAACAUAUGGAGUUGCAAUUUGGCCAGGAGACAGUGCUGUGUUCAGCACUGGUUGUAGAUGAUGAAAUGCUGGAGUUUUGCAUUGGGCUCCAGACUCUGUUGUCUCUCAAGUGUUGCAUCGACUUGGAGGAAGGAGUCCUGAGAUUUAAAGCACUGAGUCAAGAGCUGCCUUUUCUACAUGCUUCUGAAGAGCCUGGUCAGUGACUGGCUGCAUUCCCCAUGUACGGAGCUGAGGAGAUUUGCUGCCCUCAGAGAGAGAUGAGGGUGAGGCUCAUAUGCCCCUAACCUUGCUAAGUUCUAGGCUGAGGCAUUCACUGGGGAGUGAGAAAAAGGCAAAUGGGUGCUGGAAACUGCUGUUGCUGGGAGUGCCUCAUCUUGAGAGAUAUCACUCCUUUCAGUGGACCCUCUUGUUUGUCCCCAUGUGCUGAGUGAGCAUUUUGUUCUUGGUUUUUCUACCUGUCCCUAUUCACUUCAAUUUCUGCUUCUGUAGUAAAUUUACCCUACCCUUUUAAUGACUUAUUUUUACAAUACCCUCAAUUUAUGAGACAAGAGAGUCUCCAUGAACAAUCUUCAAUUGUUCUGUGGACAGGAGGACAAGCAGUUUCUCCAAAAGCCUCCAAAGAUUGCCAUGAAUGUUUCCCUUCGCUUUGCCUCAAUGUGAGCAGAGCCCGCCCCCAUUUCUUUGUGGGAAGGGCUCUAUGGCUAGUCCCCUCACCUGUACUCUGGGGAAGAUGGCUUUUUUUACUUUUUGCUUGCUCAGAGCAAAAAAGAAGUAUUUUCUCAGAAAAACCUUGCAGCAAGAACAAUUUUAGAGCUCUUAAUUCUAAGAAACCUUUGCAGAAAUGCUGAGCAUAGAUGCCUAGAGUACGGUGGACACUCACAGGGGCUUGGACUUUGCCACUGCAUCCUUGGCCACUAAGCUAUAUUAUAUGAACGGCAAUACUUAUCAUCUUUUGGUCUUAUACGUAGUAACCAGACUUGCACACCCUGCUCUUCUGACCAGGCCUCUUCUCUCUGCAUUCCAGCUGCUAGAUCUACAUUCCUAUCACCUCUGCUGCAUCAACAGAGAUCCUGCCACUCAGUUUAAACGCUAUAUUGAAUUACAGCACCCAGAGUCUUCUGCUCUCUCAGAUCCUUUCUUUCAACUUCAAAUCUAGUGACUGGACAGAUACAUAUAAUAUAUGUAAGACCUAAUCAGCCUCAAGUUCCGGCAUCUCACAGCCCAUCAAUUUUGCUACUCCUGCAUGAAACAAGAACUAGACUUCCUUGCAGGUCAGAGAACUGUGAACUCAUCCAGAAUGACGAGAGUUAUUAUUAAGCCACUAUAUUGUUUGGUUUAAUUAUUUUUCUAUUUAUUUGCAUCCUAGAGCAUAGCUGUAUGACAAAUACAUAGUCUAGUCUUUACUAGCUCUAGGAAAGAUGCAGCAGAUCAGGGCUUGUUUCAUGCCUCAUGACUACUGAUUCACUAUCCAAACUCUGUACAAUGUCCCUUUGUCCAUCCUUACAAUAUCAUGACAUCCCCAUUUUGCCUAUCUUCCUGGAUUAAAUACUGCUGGCUUUCUUAGUUUUUUAUUCAACCGCUCAUCGUUUCUGUUGUGCUUCUCAAAGAACUUGUGUAUGCAUUUCUGUUCGUUCUUCCCUAAAUCUGAUGCUGUAUGCUGUAGUUUAGCACAUGCUAAGGACAGCAGAGUACAGCCUGGCUGAUAUGAUUUUGGAUGCACUUGCCAGUGUUAGAUGGUGUGACUCGCACCUGCUCCACCUACAAACAGCAUCAGGCUAGUGAUUUUUAUUGUUAGUCAUCAUAUCUUGCAGCUUCUGAUCUGUUCCUUGGCUUCUUUGCCACUCUUCUACUUUGCAUCUGAUUAUUUCUGGCUGCAUGAAUUGCUUUCCAUGAAUUUCCUGAAUGACACCAACAUCUCCCAUUUAUGUCAGGACACAUGUGUACUCGAUAAGCCUGUCUUCCAAAGUACCAGUAAUUCCUCCUCUAUUUGUAUCACUUGCAUGUCUGACUGGCUCAUCAAACCUAGGGUCUUUCUUGACAGUUCAGACUUAUACUAAACCUGUGUGUCAGCUGGAAUCUAUUUAUAUCUAAAAAUGGCAUACGGAACAAUGGCAAGAAAUAUGCUAAAGCUGACAGAUACCACAUCCAUUACAGCUCUUAUUAUUCGUUAACUUUUAUGAUUAAAAAAGACAAACCCUAAACCCUAAUCCUAAAAAUUAAAGGUCACUCUAGCUCUGAUCCAAACCCUAAACCUAACCUUGGCCCUAAAUCUAUCCCCUAAAACUAAUCCUAACCCUAAAUUUAACCCUAAAACCAACCCUAACCCAACCCUAAUCGCUAAACAUAACCCUAAACCUUAAUGCUAACCCUAACCUCUAGUCCUAAACACUAGCCCCUAACCAUAAAUCCUAACCCUAAACAUAAUCCUGUAGAUCUAACCCCCUAACCCCUAGCUCUAACCAUCUAAGAUUAACCCCAAAAGGUAAACCUAAUCCUAAACAUAAUGCUAACUAUAAACACUAACCACAAACCUAACACUAAUCCCCAACCUAACCUCUAACCACUAACUCUAACCCUAACUCUCUCUAACCACACUAACCCUGACUCUAACCACUAAAUCUGACCCUAGCCCUAAACCUUAACACAAACCCUAACCCCUAGUCCUAAUCCCUAGCCCCUAAUCCCAAAUGGUAACCAUAAGAUAACCACCAAAAUCUAACACUCUAACCCUAAAACUCUAACCUCAUAACCGUAACUCUAACCCUCAAUUCUAAACCUAACUCCUAAUCCUAAAUGCUAAAGCUAACCUUAUCCCUAAAUGUAACCUUUAAUGUAACCCCUAACAUAAAACCUAACCACAGAAACUAACCCUAACACUAGCCGAAUCCCUGAUCAUAACCACUAGUCAUAACCUUGGCCCCUAACCCUAACUCCCUAAAUCUAACCACAUAACUCUAACUCAGUUAUUCUAACACCCUAAACCAAAUUCCCUAAACCUAAAACUAAUCCUAAAACAAAUGUUAACUCUCUUAAUACUCAACUCUAACCCAAACUCCUUACCCUAUCCCUAACUGUUAUAUCCCUAAUCCUACACCUAACACUAACCCUAAACCUAACUAUAACCCCAACCACCUAACCAUAUCUGAUGGCUUUUGCAGCGCCCAAAAGGCACCUGCUUCCCUCCAGAGCAUCCUAGGGCUUUUGCUAGGUUUUCCUUUGGCCUGCAAGGGGCCCUGCUGCCUUCCAGAGCAACACAGGGAUUUUGGCAGGCUUUGCUGACACCCAGGCAAGUCUCUGCUGCCUUCCAGAUUGUCUAAUAGCUUUUGCUGGGCUCUGCAAAUGCCCACAAGUGGCUGCCAAGGGAAGGUGAGGGCCACUACUUUCAGUCCUGGCCACUUCCAUGUGAGGGCCCCAAGUGGUGGGUGUGCAUUUUGGAGCCUUUAGGUGAGGGUUAGGUGGUAGAGCAAGUGCAGAGCCCCGGUGUUGGUGGGGUUGUGAAGGAGCUGCCAAGGGAAGGGAAACCAACAGCCUUCAGUCCUGGCCACUUCUGUGUUAAAGCCAUGCAUGGUGGGCAUCCAUUUUGGAGUGGGAUUUUGGCUAGGGUGAGGGUGUAGGUGAAUAGGAGUCUUCAUGAACUCAGACUGAAGCCAACAGGAAUCUUCCCAAUGAUUUAAAGAGUGCUGGAUGGGAUUCUAGAGAAAAUUGGCACAACUUUGAGUUGACAGUUCUGACUAGUGCCUGUCACUUACAGCCCUGCAGAUAGCCGCACACCGGUUACUGUUGGAAUUCACCAGGUGAUGUUCCUACACGUCAGUCUUGGGAUAACUCCGCUUUUGCUCACCUUCAGAACAUCCUCCAGUCCUUCUGAAGCCUUUCUGUGAUUCACAUCCCUCAUUUCUCAAAUUGCUGAUAGUUCAGGUUCCUCUGAGAACUGAUGUGCUACAGUAGGUGAAAAUCACCAGCUCCAUCUGGUCCCUCUCUUCUCUGCAUAAUGAAUCCUUCUUUGCAUCCUCUUUACCUUCCCCCAGGCAAAUAAUUCAUUCUUCCACACCGGUGACAAAUUUGCUUCUUCCAAAAGGAAUUAUCUCCUUUUUAGAUAAUCCUUUCAAUGCUUUCCUGUACCCUUGUUACUAAUACUCUCUCACGUUAUGCCACUGUCUUGCCAGCCUUUCCUCUUUGUUGUUAACAAUAUGCAUGCAUAAAUAUAGACUGCCACUUGUCAGUCACAGAGGAUGUUUCCAAGCAAGAGCUUAGCUAGCACGUGAAAGUUCUUAUUUUCAGCUGUGAAAUCACCUCCUGAGCAGAAGAUGUGCUUUUCGCCUUCCUCCAGCCCAUGUCAGUUGAACAUGCAGGUCCACGCGGUAAAGAUCUCAGACAAACAUUGAGGAAUAUCUUGCCAAGUUAUCUUGGAACCAACCCAUCAAGUUUUGUUGCAGGCAGAGCUUACAGAAAACAAAAAAUAAAUUAUACAACUGAAUGAGCACUGCAGGUCGCAACACAUGGCUGACACCUCAUUUCAACCCAUUCCCUAAAUCACAGUCUAUUCCUACAGUGUCAGUACCUGGUUUCCUCAUCAUCAAACAGAACUCCUGGUGGGUUUCCACCUCCCAGAGUUCUUUGGCACUAAACAACAUGCUGUUACUCGCCUUAAGACGUUUUCUGAAUUCUUGCCCAAACUUUGUUUUCUCCGAAGACCAGCCUUUUUGUGUCAUUACAUGGGAAUCCCAGCUGUCAUUGUGAAAGACAGGAUCCUGGCUUUAAAAAACUUGAUUAUAAAACAGGACUUACACUAUCUCAAUGAUGCAAACUCAAUUCCAUCUGCAAACAUGGUAAGUCUUCCUAUGUUAGGGAACUCAGUAAUUUUUAAGUGGGCUGGCAACGCUGAAGACUGUCUCAAUUGUAGCUUCUUUUGGAAAAGCCUAUUUUAAGAUACACUUCCCUACCUCCAAUUCCAGUCAUCUCUAUUGCUUCUGGGGAACAAGGGGAAGGAAGGAGCUAUCUAAAAGUCUUUUCCACUAGAGAUCAAAAAAUCCUAAUACUUUCAUAUGGAAAGCAGAAAUUUAGUACAAACUGCCAUCUCAGAGCAGGACACAGGCAUAUCCUGGAUGUGUCCGGCACUGACUUCCUCAUGAUGAGAUCAAUCCCUUCAAUAUAGACAAUGGAAUAUUAGGGAUACUCUCUGAAUCGCCUUGGUGGUCAGCUCCUACUAGGGCUACUUUCCAGUAGAAUGGACACAACAGUUGCAAAACAGUCUGCAGGGAAGUGUCUGUCACAAGAAAGUCUUGGAAUAGAGAAGCAUCUAUUACAUGGUAGGUGUGAGAUACAUACGGCUGAACCUGCCUGGGGAUGGGGAGAUGGACUUCUGAGGCCCCUUCCAAGGCCAACAUGCACUCUGCCAAAGCCAUAAUCAGGACCAUUUCCAGGAGCUUGGGAUCUCUUGGUUUUGAAUGGGAGCUCCAGCCCAGAGGCCUGCUCCUUCUUUCGCUACUAGUGUGCGAGUUACAGAACUUCAGACCGCUGAACCACCUACAUGCUUGCAGACAGUCCUCCUUUCAAGAGACUCCACUGGCAAAUGCCAGGAUAUACCUGAAGAGUUAUGGAAAUAACUGCAUUCAGCAGAGAGGUCACAAAAACAAGUGCAGGGAUGGCCAGUGGGUUUAUUAUGUCUCAGGAAAAUAAAGCAACACCCUCUAUUUUCUUGUUAGUAAAUUGAGCAUCAUAACCAAAGCCAUGAAUCAUUAUGCAAAUACCCCCAGUGACUGAGAAUGCUAUUGGACUCCUCACUUGCUGUGUGCUGGCACUGGGACAUACAACUGUGUCUUGCAAAUCCUGCCCUGUCAAAAAGCUUCCUGGCCCCAGUGGGUAUGCCAAUCUGCUACUGGGUAGGAUGCAGCAAACAACAUUUUCUGCUGUGUGGGAAGGAACAACUUCUAAUUCCAAAUCUGUGGCUUGUGUUGGCUGGCAAGGACAAACAGGCAAUGAGUUACAAUGAAAGUAUAAUAUAACUAUGAGCCCAGAGACAGAGCCUCCAUUGCUCCUUCCCUGAGUAGACAGUUGUUGCCAGUUGAAGUAGCCUGAAGCAUUGACCUGAGAAGUACUGACUGUAGCUAGUUUAUUACUUGUCACUUUAGAGUUCAGCACUUGAACAAAAAAAG